AUGGCCGGGCCCGUCCGGCAACCUAUCGACGUGCAAGCCUUGGAAGAGUACAUCCGGCAGAAUGUCCCGGAGAUCCGAACGCCGCUGGAGGUGAAGCAGUUCGGGUACGGGCAGUCGAACCCGACGUACCAGCUGACGUCGGCCGCCCCCACGGGCCAGCGGUACGUGCUGCGCAAGAAGCCGCCGGGGAGGCUGCUGUCGAGGACCGCCCACCAGGUCGAGCGCGAGUACCGCGUCAUCGCCGCCCUGGGGUCCACGGAUGUGCCCGUGCCCAGGGCGUAUUGCCUCUGCGAGGACGACUCCGUCCUUGGUACCCCAUUUUACGUCAUGGAGUUUUUGGAUGGCCGCAUCUUUGAGGAUCAUGCCAUGCCCGGCGUCUCCCCGGAGGAGAGGACGGAGUUGUGGAGGGAUGCGGUGCGUACCCUCGCCAGGUUUCACAGGGUUGACUUUAGAAAGGUUGGGCUGGCGAGUUUUGGUAUUCAUGGGUUCUAUGAUCGGCAACUAGCAACGUGGAAACAAAUAUGUGGGGCUCAGGCGAAGGCUGUAGAUGCGGACACGAACGAGCCGGUAGGACAGAUACCGUACUUCGAAGAGCUCGUCCGUUUCUUCUCAGACAAGAAGCUGCAGCCAAGAGACCGGGCCACACUCGUCCACGGCGACUACAAGAUAGACAACAUGGUGUUCCAUAAGACAGAACCGCGUGUUAUCGGCAUCCUAGAUUGGGAGAUGAGCACCAUCGGCCACCCGCUCUCCGACGUCGUCAACCUGACAUACCCAUACCAUACGGCGGGGCUAGGUCCCACCUCGAAUCCCUCCUUCUUGCCAGGUACCACUCCUGGGCUGCCGCGUCCGGAGACAAUCCUGGCGUGGUACGCGGAGGCAGCUGGCUAUGACCCGCGGCCUGAGAUAGACUGGGCUAUAGCAUUCGGGGUCUUUAGAUCUGCUGCUAUCCUGCAGGGUAUCGCCGCACGCGUGGCACGGCGACAGGCGACCAGCGAGCAGGCGAAAGCGUAUGCGGAUGCGUUCAAGCCAUCCGGCGAGAAGGCUUGGGACCUGGUCAGUAAGCAGAAAAUACUGACGGAAUCUAAGGCUAAGCUGUAA